GCAGCCGCGGUGUUCACUAAAGGGAUUUUGGUGGAAGAGGAGGCAGCCUGAGCAUGAAGACGUGUGCGGUGCUGAUGCUGCUGGUGGCCGCCACCACGCACCCCCUGGCCGAGGCCAAAAAUGGCGGCUUCACUCGUUUCCCAUCCUGGAACACCAAGCUUUACCCAAUCUGGAAAGAUGGAGACCCCCGCUACGUCCACUCCUGGAAAGGCGGGAAAGUGACGUUCAACGUCGCUAACGACUCGCCGACUCUGACCGGAGCCAAAGUGACCUUCACCAUCGACUUGGCGUUCCCCCACGGCCAGAAAGUACAAGAUGACGGAGAUGUGGUCUGGGCGGAAGACUGCGUCGUCAAUGGGACGAAGCAUCUCAAGGCAGAGUCGGUCUUCCCAAGUCACAAGGGGGACUGGGAUGCGGUCUUCCCCGAUGGGACGGCCUUGGAGAAGGACAAGAAGCCCAACUACGUGUUUGUGUGGAAGACCUGGGGUCAGUACUGGCAGGUGGCCGACGGUCCCUCGUCCUCCCUGACCGUCGACACGGACGGCGUCCCGCUGGGCUCCUACACCAUGGACAUUGUCAUCUACCACUACAGGAGCAGGGAGAAGUUCAUCCCACUGGGGUACGCCUCCACGCAGUUCUCCAUCACUGAUCAAAUCCCAUUCGCCGUGACCCUGGACCAGGUCAACGACGUCCUGGCGGGCGACCUGAGCUUCGUGCUGAACCGAGCCAUCUCCUUCAGCGUCACGCUUCACGACCCCAGCCUGUACCUGAGCGACGCCGACAUCACCUUCAACUGGGACUUCGGGGACAGCAGCGGGGCGCUCAUCUCCAGGGAGACCACCGUCACGCACACCUACGUGAGCUCCGGUGCCUUCAAGCCCCACGUGGUGGUCCAGGCCGUCAUCCCGGACAAGACUUGCAAGCCUCCCACGGAUUCCACCACACAGGCCCCCGCGCCGCCCAGACGCCAGGACCCCUCAGUGGUUCCUCCUGCUUUGAAGACCAACUCUCUUCCAUCAGACACCGAGGAGGACACCGUUGAGGACGAGACCUCCACGGCUCAUCCCGCCCAGGAAGGACCUUCACGGUCCCCUUCAGAGACCCCAUCCCCAGUCAAGUACCAAGCACCCGCUGACCCCGCCUCCAACUCUCUGAUGCAGGACACGAGCAUCGACGUGGCGACGGAAGUACUAAAGCGUCCUGUGAUACGGGGGGGCCGAGCCGCCGUGGUCCUGGUGGCCAAAAGGGACGCAAAGGACAAACCCACGAAGGACGACUGCGUGAUUUAUCGCUACGGUUCCUUCAGUGCUGACAUUCAAGUGGUCGAGGCCAUCCAGAGAGUUGAGAUCCUGCAGGUGGACGCCAUCGCCACGGCGACGCCUGGAAUCAACAACAACGCUAUUGAUCUCUCGGUGACCUGCCAGGGAAGCUUCCCCAAGGAGGUGUGCAGCGUGAUCCUGGAUGCGGAGUGCCUGAGGCCCAUCCACACUUCCUGCGACACGCCGGAGCGAUCCAGUGAGUGCCAGAUGGUGCUGCGCCACUUCUUCAACGCUUCGGGCGUCUACUGCGUCAACGUGUCCAUGGCUAACGACGUCAGUCUGGCCGUCGGCAGCGCCAAAGUCAACGUGGACAUGGGCUCUGAGGCGUCCUCCUCUGGCGCCAUCGCCGCCCUGCUGGCCGCCAUGGUCCUUCUUCUGUCGCUAGGAAUCGUGGCCUUCACGUACAAGCGCCUGAAAUCCUACCAGCGUCUGAAGGACGCCAGGGGGGUCUCAGACCCCCAAGAUGUCUGCCGUCCCCGCGGCUCCGCUUCGUCGUCUUUGUGGAAGCUCCUCAACAGGCAAGGAGUUUUGGACCAGCGCCCCCUACUGCAGGACAGACUGGUGUGAACCACAUGGAGCGGCCUUUUCUUUUUAUACAGUUUUUUCUAAAGGAUCCUUUUUUUUUAAAUAUGAAACAUGAUGUAGAUUUAAACGUAUGAAUGAUACUUUUAUAUUCAAAUCUGUGGUAGUUGAAGCAUCAA